CACAACACAAGUUAUACAACACCAGCACAGCAGCACAGCAGUUGAGGAGGCCAAGUGUGAUAGUGUGACACCUUACAAAAUGAUACGUGCCAGUAAAUUUCUGUGGGCCCUUAAUAGGCCUGGGUUGGUCAAGGAAAUUUCACCAGCUGCAUCUAGGCUGCAGUCAACAGCAGCCCAGCCAGCAGCUUCAGAGAGAGAGGCCCAGAAGGCACACAAGAUGUCCAAGAAAGUGGAAAUGAACAAAUCAUUUGUGAUGAACAUUUUCCGUGGAGCAGCCAUGACAGAACAAGCAAUCCCCUACCCUUCUGUGCUCAGUGAUGAGCAGAAAGAGACUCUGGAGAUGUUGGUGGACCCUACUGAGAAGUUCUUUGAGGAGUGUAAUGAUGCAGCAAAGAAUGAUGCCAUGGAGAAGGUGGAUGACCAAACACUUGAGGGGCUGAAGGAACUAGGAGCUUUUGGCCUUCAGGUACCAGUUGAGUUUGGUGGUGUAGGACUCAGCAACACACAGUACGCUCGCUUGGUGGAAAUUGUUGGUUCACACGACUUGGGUGUUGGCAUUACACUUGGUGCUCACCAGUCCAUUGGUUUUAAGGGCAUAUUGAUAGCUGGCAACCCUGAGCAAAAGGCAAAAUAUCUUCCCAAGGUUGCUUCUGGAGAACACAUGGCAGCUUUUGCUCUAACUGAACCUUCCAGUGGAUCAGACGCUGGCUCAAUCAGAAGCCGAGCUGUUCUGUCUGAAGAUGGCUCUCACUAUGUCCUCAAUGGUUCCAAAAUCUGGAUUAGCAAUGGUGGCCUUGCAGAAGUGUUUACAGUGUUUGCACAGACACCCAUUACUAAUCCCAAGACUGGUGUGACAAAGGACAAAGUGACAGCAUUCAUUGUAGAGCGAGCUUUUGGUGGAGUUUCCCAUGGAUUACCUGAAAAGAAGAUGGGGAUUAAGGCUUCCAAUACUGCUGAAGUCUACUUCGAAGAUACAAAAAUUCCUGUGGAAAAUGUUCUUGGAGGUUCAGGCAAUGGAUUCAAGGUUGCCAUGGAAAUUUUGAACAAUGGUCGUUUUGGUAUGGCUGCUGCAUUGUCUGGCACAAUGCGCUACUCUAUUAAGAAGGCAUUGGACUUUGCUACCUCAAGAAUGCAGUUUGGCCAACGCAUUGACAGCUUUGGAACGAUUCAGGAGAAGCUGGCACGAAUGGCAAUGCUACACUAUGUGACAGAAUCCAUGGCUUACAUGAUCUCCUCUAACAUGGACUCUGGCUCUAAGGACUACCACCUGGAGGCUGCUAUAAGUAAAUGCUUUGCUUCUGAGGCAGCAUGGACAGUGACUGAUGAAGCCAUUCAGGUGAUGGGUGGAAUGGGCUUCAUGAAAGAGGCGGGCCUUGAGCGCGUACUUAGGGAUCUCCGCAUUUUCAGAAUCUUUGAAGGAACAAAUGACAUCCUUCGGCUCUUUGUAGCUUUGACUGGUCUUCAGUAUGCUGGUGGACAUCUGCGUGAGCUCCAGCAGGCCCUCAAGAAUCCUGCAGCUAAUUUGGGUCUCAUAUUAGGGGAAGGCACCAAGAGAGCCAAGCGUGCUAUUGGCUUCACGAAUGGUGGCACAAUUGAAGGCAUCCACCCUAACCUGAAUGAAUCUUCUUUGCUUCUAGGAAGGGCAAUUGAGGCAUUUGGUUACACCUCAGAGGGUCUCUUGAUGAAGCACGGCAAGAACAUUAUUGGUCAACAGUUCCUGCUGAACCGCCUAGCUAAUGCCUCCAUGGACCUCUAUGCCAGUCUAGUGGUUCUCUCCAGGGCCAGCCGCUCCCUCACCUUGAAUUUGUCAUCAGCUGACCACGAGGAGAAAAUAGCGCGAGUUUGGGUUAAUGAGGCUUCGGACCGCAUCCAACUGAAUCUUACUGCUGUAAAAUCAAGUGUUUCCGAAAAGAACUUUAGUGAUCUUGAAACGAUAGCCAAGGAGCUUUGUUCCAAUGGCGAUAUUAUUGCUGAAAGACCUCUAGGUAUUUAAACAUGUUGGCUGCGGGCCAGACUGUUGCCCUGCAAGAGAAUCUGUAUGUAUGAGUCGUCCAAGUAGAAACUUCUGUAAAAAUAGAAUUACUGUAGCUAUCCCUUGAGAUAUGAAUGGGUUAGGUUCCCCCCAAAAUGUUUUUUAGGUGAAAUUUUGUAUCAUGAAUAGAAAAACAUAUGGUAAAAAUAAAGUUCAGUUCCCCAUUGACAAAAAUACCCCAAUAUUGUACCCCAAAAACAUGAAAUCGGUUUACAAACAAGAACAAAACCUACCGAGGUAGUGAUGAUAAAUAGUACACAACUACUCUGAUUUACUACCAAACACAUGAAAUUACUACUUAACACAUGAAAAAAUUAAUAUAAUACUGUUUAACUUUGGUACAUUACCUCAUGGGAGGGCAGUCUGGGCUCAGCAGCAGAAGGGGUGUGCAGGGGUGGGUUGAGUAAGGGCCUUACUCAUUGAGAUGCAGAGGGUUUUCCACCUUGUCAAUGCUGCCUCCCAAGGACACCACAGCAUGCUUGUAUAUAGUGGCCACAGUAGAAGCAGGCAGACAAAGAUCUUUCCCAAUCUUGGUAGGGUCAUCAAUGCAUUCAUGAUGCUUAAUUACUUUCAGCUUUGUCUCAAGAGUCACAGCCUUUCAUGGUUUCUUCGGUGUAGUAUGGGUAGCCGAAGGUUCAGUAGAAUGCUUGGAUGCCAUUACGAAAGUUAUAUCGAAAGGAUGACACGAUUACACAUGGAUAAAGAGAGGUCACUUCACACACACAACGAAUGGUCGAAGGAAAGACGUGGGGUUAUGGGAGAUGCAGGAGGGAGGGGGGGGAUAUGAUCAGUGAGUGAGAAUGUGUGUCUGCACAUCUGUCCCUAAGACGGCCGUACUAGCUGACUCCCAACGAACGAAAUCUGAAAUUUUGCCCUGACCCAAAUUUGUAUGAGCAAGGGAAGCUUUCCUUUCUCGAAAUAGUGGUGUCAGUUUAGGAAAUUCGAAUAAGUGAAUAUUCGCAUCUCGGACAUGCAUAUCUCAAGGGAUACCUGUACUGUUGGAAAUUGCAUAAACUGUCCAUUUACACAAGUUAACAAGUAAUUUUCUUUAUUAUUGACCAUAAACAUUUAAUUUUAAAAUUUCAGGGGUCAUAUAGGUCUUUAUCUACCAUUGCCUGAAUUUGUUUAAAAUUAGAACUUUUCUUGAUUUACCAGAGAAGAUUUCUAGAUGAACAUGAGGUAUCUGCUAGUCCUCUACCAAUUUAUUACUGGUUGGUUAUUAAUGUAUUAAUGAAAUAGGGAAGUGUUCAGCUUAAUACUACUAUGGAACUACUUUGCAUUGCAGAGAACCUAAACUAUCGUUCCUCAGCAUGGUCUUGGCAUUGUGUAUAUUUGUCAAGUAGAAAUAAGCAAAUGUAUGAUUUUUUUGCUUUGUAUAUCAUGAUUUUUGUAUGAUGAAAAAUUUUUCCCAGGAACAUAAUCCCCUUAUAUUUCCUAUGAGAAAGAUUGAUUCAUUUAGUGUCGUUUUGUUAAAUUUUAGUUUUCGGGAAUGCAUACUUGUUGACAAGUGGGGACCUCCUGUGUGCUCCUUGCACUAUAUGCUUAAUUACAGCAUAGAGACAAUAUUAAACCACAGGUACGCACACUAAAAAAAAGAGUAUCGUGCAGGGGGGGUGGUCUGCUGACUUCUGUAAUGAUUCAUACAUCACCUGAUGUGCCAGGAGGGAUGGUAUACAUGCCUGUAUGGCAAAGGUUUCCACCUGCCUAUGAUAGGGCCAUAUUAGUUACGUUCCACAGGACUGGCAAGGAAAGCAGAGCUGCCACCAUAAUACAGGGCCAACACUCAUAUUCCACCAUCCCUCAUCCAUGGUGUCAUAUUUUGUUUUGCACAUAAUCCAAGCGGUACUUUUUUUUACUGUGUGCACACUCGCUACAAAAAGUUCUUGAGCGAUCUAAGGGUCAUAUGAUAUGACAAAACAAACAAGAAAUCUGAACAUUGCUCUCUGAGGAAGUUUUUUUUGCAGAUUAAAUUACUUCUUUUCACCUGUAAAUACUAUAAACAUGAGCAGCAUAUAUUAUUACCAAUUAUUGAAAGUUACUUCACAACCAGGCAUACCAACCAUUCUCAGAUGACCCGAGCCAUGGUGCUCAUUCUGAAAUCUGUUGUGCCCAGCUGUUCGAGAACUUUUUGUCACGAGUGUACAUAUUCACCCCUUGAUUACAAUAAUGUCCACAAGUACAUCGUUUUAUAUAUACAGUAUUUUGAUUGUGUAUGUUUAAUGGGAUUUAAGUUAGUUUAUCUUAUUAUUUUAAUGAUCAAUGACACUGAGGAAAUAUAUUGUUUUUUUUAAAUUUGCAGAAUAUGUGACUCAUGAAGAAGAGUACUGUAUAUAAAGAACACUAUAAUAGUUCCUCUUUAGUUUAGAAACUGACUCAAGACUCUUAGUCAAAUUCAAAGUGUCUUCCCUCUACAUGCAAGUCCUCCCUCUACAUGCAAGUCCAUUGAUACAACACAUGAAUGUGAAAACAUGGCAAAUAGUUUUUUAUGACAUGUCCCUCUCAUUACCACUUAAAUGGAAGUUGAGUUUGUACAUAAUUUUGAUAAUUAUUUACAUUUUUAUGGAAAAGAUUUCAAAUAAAAAACUUUUUAGUCCAUGUAAAGUUUGCUCAUGUAUUCCAUCUCUCUCUGUAUAUAAGAUUUACUGAAGGAUUACUUUUCAAGGAGUGCCAUCAGUAAUUGCCCAAACAAUGCAAUAUAGGAUAAGUUAUUUAUGUUAAUGUACAUACUGUAUGCAUCAAUAAUACAUAUAAAUCUUUAAUCUUGAUGAUAUACCUCUAACAUAUUACUGUAUAUUUUAGUGUAAUAAAAUGGUAAUGCUAA